CUUCUAGCUAAAAGGCAUCUCUGAGAUUCAGUAAGCAUUUAGAAACAUAAACUGACAACAAAAAUUUCCACUGCAAUUUAUCAGAUAUGACAAGGUAGGUGUUGAUUUGACUUGUAACAAAGAAAUGGUAUUGGUUCAUUAAUAAAAAAUGAUUGUUUGCCGAUUUGGUUUGAAUGGGUUAUUGUGGGGAGAUUAAGCUAAUGAGUCAUUAGGAGAGGCUGUAUAAAUAGAAGUGAGCUUUGUUUCAGCUCUAUCCGGAUCAUCUCCAGCUGCAGGCCUUUAGGUUCUGAAGACUUUAAAAUGGCUUCUUUUUCCGUGGAGGAUUUUGUUGGCGAUGGAUGUCUGAAAGAAUUGCUUCCGAAGCUGUUAGAAGAAGGCUGGGAUGAUGUCCCAACUUUGAAGAUUAUGAAUUCGGAUGAUAUGAAAGUCAUAAACAUGACUCAACAACAAAAGGAUGCACUAGAAUUAAGAUCAUAUGUUCAUGAUCGCGCCUUGAUGCAAUAUGCAGACAAGCUGGAGGCCUCGCAAAAAUGUCUCCCAGAGCUACUAAAUUUGAGUUCAGCAGAUCUGUACUUACAAUUUGGCAUGAAAAGAGGUCAUCUUGCACGUUUCUUACAAAGAACCAGUAAUGAAUAUGCAGCAGAUCCUCUGCCAGCGUCAAUGACACGUCCGAGUAGACAAAGAACUAUAACGCCAUCUAGGAAUGAUAGUAUUUACAAGAGCGGACUUAUGUCUAUCAACUCCAGAAAAUUGCAGAGUAUGGUAAGAUCAGGACCCGCAGGCAAUAGUGUGGCUUAUGAUGUAACGAUUGAACAGUCCUUAUCUGAUUUUAAAAUGAAAGACGGACAAAUCUUUAAGGGAAUUGUGGCCGCGGUACCUGAUGAACCUAGAGGAUGUGGUUGUGUACAGUCCCCACCUAUUAUUGAAACUGUUGCGCCAUACUCUGUGAUUGAUAAUAUCUCCGUCCAAAAGUUAACUCCAGAAUACAAAAUUGGGAUGGAGCGUCUGGUAAAAACAAAGACACCUCCGAUGAAAGCCUCAGAACUUUGGCGUAGCAAACCAGCUGUGCUUCUCUGCCUUCGGAGGCCUGGGUGCAUCAUGUGCCGAGCUGAAGCACACAAGCUAUAUGCAAGAAAACCAAUAUUCGACGCACUUGGGAUUCAGUUAUAUGCAGUUCUUCACGAGCACAUAGAAGCCGAGGUUAAGGAUUUCUGGCCAAGAUAUUGGGGUGGCGUCGUACUUCUUGACAAGAGCAGGGAAUUUUUCAAGGCCUUAGGUGGUGGGAGGCUGUUGAAAGACAAGUUUGUCUCCGGAUUUCUGCUCAACCCUCGAGCCAUCGCGAACUACAAGCGUGCAAAGGCAAUGGGAAUGGACUCGAACUUCAGAGGAGAAGGCGAGAUCAAGGGAGGACUAUUUAUUGUUGGCAAAGGCAAAAGUGGAAUCGCAUACCAGUUCAUAGAAAGGAAUUUUGGAGACUGGGCACCUAUUGCAGAAGUCAUCGAAAUCUGUGCUCGGCUUCAGAAUCAACACCACAGUCAUGAAGGGGAGUCUACCAGAUCACUGCAGGAAUCUGAAUAUGUUUAAUUUAUAUCUUUGUAUCUUAACUACUAUACUAUUGAAUUAUUUGUUAUCAUUACAUGAGGGAUUGUGUGAGACUGUAAUUCUUGCGCUGUGCGGAGAAAGAUGAUUGUGAUUCUAUUCAUACAAUACGUUUGAGACCUUGUCAAAAUAGAUUGCAGAGGAGCAUUCAUCUAGAAAUGACUGUUCUUUCGGCUUUACACAGUGGCCGAUCC